AGCCGUGAGUUUGAAAAGAAUUAGGAUUAAACUCUUGAUUUUAUGAUUUCAGGGUGAGAAUAGUAGUAAAAUCCCUCUUUUCUUUUGUCUUCCAGCAGCAGUUACCAGGGACUCAGACCCAGAGGACUGUAUCUCCGCUCCUCAGCCGUCACCGGUGACGUCACCUCUGCUGCCUUCUCUCCCUCCAGCAGGAUCCAACCCUCAUCAACCCUCCAUGAACAACCCUCCAGUCUGUGAGCCGCUCUUUGGACAAACCAAACCUCUCUCAUCUCGCCCGAAACUCAGACAAACCUCUGAGCAGUCGCAAAAGCACCAAAAGUCUCCCCGGGGAUGCUUUCGUAGAUCUUCACCCGUCCUCGGACUCCGAUCGUGGCCUAGUUACGCUGGCGUUCCCCUCGGCAACCUGGUCUUCCUGCCCAAGUCCACAGACGACCACUCCCCGCUCAGGGUCAGCGGCAGGCCUGACCCCUUCCCCUCCCCUGAGUCGGCUGGAGUCUCACCGCUGGCCCGUCCUGCCUCCCAUCUCCCCUGUCAGAGGACGCUGUGGCACAGCGGCGUCACGCUACUCGGACCUCAGCUGCAGCCACUCUCACGUGUUCGAUGAGCUGGAGGCCAUCGCCCCUUCGUCUAUUUCCUGUCUGUCUCAGGAGCAGGCGUCGGACUCUUCAGGCGGCUCUUCACCUUACAGAGAGCUGUCCCCUGGCCUGGCAGCGCUGACGAUGGGCUGUGACUCGGGGAAUCUGGGCCCCCUGUCCCGGGUCCAGCUGCUGCUCUUGGACCGACCAGAGCCUGAGACCUGGCCAAGCCCCUGGGGUCUGGAGGAGGAGUUCCCACCUCUGGAUGACUGGAUGCCGUACGAUGCAGGACUGACAUCAGAAGGUGCUCUGAGGCCCCUCACAGCUGGCAGCAUCUCUGAAAGGUGCGACUCCGCAGGGAAAGUCCAGCAAAACAAAUCGGACCUUUCUGACGAAGGCUCCGGUUCCCCGUCGUCAUGGAUCAUCGACCCGAGUCCGAGCAACAUGUUCCGAUCCUCGUGCUCUCCCUGCCCGUCCGACCACAGUUGCAGCUCAGUUGAAGGCGGCCCAACCGAGGAGGAGACGGAUGAUCCAGGACGUGUUGGGUCCUCCGCCGAUCGGAGGAGCCCCGAGAGUCUCGAUCACAGAACCGCAGAGACGGAAAGAAAGAUGGAGGAGAGGAGAACCAAGGUGCUGACCAUGCUGUCCAAACUGCAGGACGCUGCUCCCCGGCAGAGCGGACGCAGCAAAGGUUCCUCCAACUUCGAGGACUUCGACUUCUUGGCAAAGUAUUGUAUCUUCAGUCAGGAGAAACUGGAAGACUACAGAAGAGCUUUUGAUGAAGAGGACGGUGACGGUGACGGCUACAUCUCCUCCCUUCAGGCUCUACUUGCUCUUAAACACGUCAUCCCUUCAGAGUUGCUGUCGGACGAAGAAGAGAUCUACGUCUGCAGGAUCCUGGAGAUGGUGGACUUCAGAAUGACAGAUGGGCUCGUGGACCUGAGGCUCUUUUCCGUCAUUGCGAGCCUGGCGCAGAAAAUAGCCACCAUGGAUGAGUUUAUGCGGUCGCUCAUCGGCAGUAUGGACUUUCGCUCUCUUGAAGUGAGGCUCUUCAAAGCGAAGCGGCUGUUCCUCUUCCUCCUGGAGGAGCCGCGAGGAGACGACGGAGCUCAGCAGGGAUUCAUCAGCGCAGAGCAGCUGCUUCUGGAGCUGAAGGCCGGCGGCAUCCAUCUCGAGCAGGAGCCGGCCAUCACGCUGCAGCUGCAACACUUUCCGCCUCUGGACCUGCUGGACUUUCUGGCCUACCUGCCGCUCUUCAUGCUCAUUCACAACUCGGUCAUCUCCAACCCUCUGGACGACUCCAGCCACCUCUGACCCCAGGCAUGGCUCAGUCUGCCCCGCGAGGCUCAGGUAUCAGCACCACCUCCAUCACACACACUGCUGACGGCUCGUAUAGAAACGACGGUGCACAGGAAACAGACGAGAGUUAGAUUCAGAGUCACACCAGCUUUUACAGUGUGUUUACGGAGAACUCACACAUACAGAGGCUCUGAUGGAAACACUGCUCAUUCACUUUGAGAGCCGGAGCCAUAUUGACGUUCCUUUACUGUUCUUCGCUCGCGCUUUGUGCAGCAGAAGACGAGCAGAGUUCAACUUUUCAAGCGGCAGCUGCAGGUGUCAGCCAAUCAAAUCAUGUUAAUGUAAAAUACAGGUUCUGCCUGACAUCACACGUUAGAAUGAGUUUGGAGAGAGGAGGCGGCACGGAGACGAACCUGGUGUGUGUUCAUGUGUUCUCGGGGCUUAUUUCCCAUGUACUUCCAUGUCCCUUCCAUUGACCAGUCCUGACAGGGAACAGUCACGUAAACAACAACUUAGAAAGUCGGCGGAAAUGUUGGAGUUGACGAAUUUCUGAAGUCAGCACUCAUAAAGCAAUAAACACAAUUUUACAAUCAGCUCUGAAGAGAUGCUUUUAAUGUGAACGAGUCAAAUGUUACUUCCGUCGGCCUCUUUUUAGACAAUACAGACAUUUUUAUGAUUAACGUGUUUAAAGUUUUAAAUGAUCCAUCUGCCUGUCGCACUUUGUUCUUUUUCUUUGCUCUUCAUUAUCGUGCAAAUAUUAGAAAGAGGUGUUAAGGUGUUGAUUCAAGUCUCAACACAUAAAUACAACACAUUUCAUUUACAGCGUCAAAGCACAUGAACACACCAAGGUUUGACCCGGACCAGGACAGUAAUGAGAUCUUCUCUGGGAGUAUUACACUACUUCUAGUUCUAUGAGGAAAAGGCCAUGUAACAUGGAUUCUGCUGUAGCUCCUGGAGACGUGGAACAUGUGGUAGAGCUGUGAAGUGAAGUGCUGUCUAUGGUCCUGAAAUGUUCUGCAGCUGUGGAUGUUCCUCCACUGCCACGACUGUUCACUGUGCAGAGACUUUACUGAAGAUCCAUUAUUCUGGCAGAAUGAGAAAGCAGAGACGUUUCUGUCCUCCUCCUUCCAGUCUAAUCACCGCUGAUGAACGAUAUUCAAUAAGAUAUUCCACGAAUAAAGUUUUAGCCGUUGUUUUGCCCCAGCUUUGCCAAUUAGACGUGGCCCUGCUCGCCUGUGGUUCCACGCACUGGACAGAGCACAUAGGGAAACAUAAUGGACACUGACAGGCAGCGAACCAGGACUGUGAGAUCAGGGACGUCCUCUGAGCAGCAUAUGUCUUCAUGUAGAGUCCAAAUGUACGAAAGGAAACUGUGAUUCUCGAGGUUGGUGUUAAACCUGCAGUGUUCAUCUUCCUCAGCUGUCACGUCAUCCUUAUCUUACGGUGACCUUUACAAAUGUCAGAGCCAUGUAAUUCAAACGAGAACCUGACGAGGCUGUCUUGGUUGUGAUGUUUGCAAAAGGUGGAAAUAAACAGACAACGAGCCGAUUCUGUCUCUCUGCUGGAACAUGGACCUAGUUUGUGUUUAACUGUAUAAUGUCAGUCACGUUUGUGGGUGUGUACUUGGAUGUUUUCUUAAUUUUCUGCCUGUAUUUUUACAUUUUCUCUCUAUUAUUGACUUUAAUGUGACACCAUUUGUUAACUUUGGAACUUCACAUCAUCUCAGAUUAUUUACGAUACUGCUGACACAUGUUGUUCUGGUCGGAAAUAACUGGAUAAAUAAAAUAUGCUGAUUUGAAUCUCA